AUGGGCGACAAGGACAAGCUGAUCUUAGACGAACACGUGGAGGAAGGAGUCAAGUCGUACUCCAGGAGGCAAGGAAAAAAACAAAAAGGAUACUUUCAGCUUCCCUGGUACUUUGCCGGUGGCAUCGUCCUGUUCUGGGGACUGCUCUUCAUUGCGGUGGUGAAGCCCCUGUUCUACCGCCUCCCCGAACCCCUGACUGUUGAGGAUGCCGGCAAAGGUGUCUUUAUAGCCGAACGUGCCCAGGCAAAUCUCUAUGAUUUCGAAGCCAUCGGCACCAAGGUCGUUGGCAGCGAUGGAAACGAGAUUAAGACCGUGCAGUUUCUGCUGAAGGAAUUGAAUCUAAUAAAGGCGAACAUUCAGGCAGAUCUUUUCGACAUGGAAAUCGACCUACAGUAUGCCUACGGUGCCUAUGUGAAGUGGAACCUGGUCAACAUGUACCAGGGCAUCCAGAAUGUCGUGGUUAAGCUCACGCCCAAGGGCACGACCAGUGAGAACUACAUCCUGGUUAACAGCCACUUUGACUCCCAGCCCACCAGUCCCUCCACCGGUGACGAUGGUCACAUGGUGGUCUCCAUUCUGGAGGUGUUGCGCGUCAUCUCUUCGUCGAGGGUUCCGUUCGAGCACCCAAUAAUCUUCCUGAUCAACGGAUCCGAGGAGAAUUCACUGCAGGCAUCGCACGGAUUCAUUGCCUACCACAAAUGGGCAAAGAACUGCAAGGUUGUCAUCAAUCUGGAUGCAGCUGGCAGUGGCGGUCGCGAAAUUAUGUUCCAGACGGGACCAAAGAACCCAUGGUUGGUCAAUAUUUACAAAAAGGGCGCCAAGCAUUAUUUUUCCACCACAAUGGCCGAGGAAAUCUUUCAAACCGGCCUAGUGCCAUCCUAUACCGAUUUUGAUAUUUUCGUUGAAUACGGAAAUCUUAUUGGUCUGGAUAUUGGACAGUGCAUCAAUGGUUUCGUCUAUCACACCAAGUGGGAUCGGAUUGAUGUGAUUCCCCGGGCUGCUCUUCAAAACACAGGCGAUAACCUUCUCGGUUUGGUUCGAACCCUGUCCAAUGCCACGGAGUUGCGUAACCCCAGCGCAAACACAGGUGGAAAUACCAUCUUUUUCGAUGUUCUUGGACUGUACCUCAUCAGCUAUUCAAACGAAACGGCAGUGAAGCUCAACUAUGCCGUGGCUGCAGCUGCCAUUAUCCUGGUCUAUGUGUCCUUUCUGCGCAUAGCAGAUAAAUCCGAUGUCAAUUCCGAACAGGUCCUGGGCUCCUUUGUCUUGGUUCUAGUGGUUCAGGUUAUUGCCUUUGUUUUGGCUCUGGCCCUGCCCCUUUUGGUGGCCUAUGGCCUGGACAAAUACGGCUUCUCCCUCAGCUACUUUGCCACUCCAUCCCUUCUGGUUGGCCUUUAUGUGUGCCCCAGUCUUUUUGGACUUGCGCUGCCCAGUUUCAUCUAUCUGAAGCUGAAGAGUAAUAAUAAGAUUCCAUUUGCCCAACAAGUUCAAUUGGUACUCCAUGGACACGCCGCCGUCCUCUCGGUUCUCUGCAUUGGAAUCAACUACUAUGGCCUGCGCACCACCUAUGUUAUCACUUGGACGCUCAUUUUCUACGUCGUUCCCUUAGCCUUCAAUCUUCUGACCACCCUGCACGAUCGCGGUUUCUCGUGGACGGGCAUCUUGAAAAUUGUCCAGGUUGCUCCGUUCCUGUACAACAGCUACCUCUUCUACUGCUUUAUCGUGAUACUCACGCCCAUGAUGGGACGCUUUGGCUUGGACACCAAUCCGGAUUUGUAGAUUGGUGGUUUGACUGCCCUGGGAACCAUCUUGUCCAUGGGUUUUUUGAUCCUGCUGAUCAACAUGUCCCGCCGUUCCGGAUUUGUUCUCUUCACUCUCUUAUCGGUGGCCGCCGCCGCCGUGGCCAUUGCCAGUUCCUCCGACAUUGGAUUUCCCUACCGCGCCAAGACCAACGUGCAGCGAGUUCCCUACUUGCAAGUGCGUCGGGUGUUCUACGAGUACGAUGGAACCGUCAGCAAGGAUGAGUCCGGAUAUCUGUUCAAUUUCCAGGAUCGUCGGGGAGUUACUCCGUUGCUCGAGGAAUCCAGUGUGGAUCUGACCGGCCUGGUGAACAUGACAUCCGACUGUGCCAAGUACAUGAUGUGCGGCAUGCCCCUGUACGAUCAUCGUUGGGUGGAGGCCAUGGAAGAUACCAUGUGGCUGCCGCGAGAGAAUCCCGUUUGGACGCCAGCUGAGCCCAUCCUGGAGCUAUUGAACAAGACCGUCCUGUCCGAUGGCAAGACCAUUCGAUUCGAAUUCAAUCUGAACUGUACGGAUCACACCAGCAUUUUCAUUCAGCCCAACGAGGAUGUCACCGUCAGCGACUGGUCGUUCCUCAAGGAAUACCUGACCUCCAACUCACCACCGUAUCAUAUUUACUAUUCCUACGGAAUCGACAAUACUCCUCUUAAUUUUUCAAUCGAUCUUACGAAAUCCGAUGCCGACUUCGAUGUCCCACUUUUCGAGUUGGGAGUUUCAGCACAGUACAUGCACGUUGAUGGUGAUGAUGAAGCCGUUCGGUUUGCCAAGACUUUCCCCGAUUACGCUGUGACCAUUCAGUGGCCAGCUAUUUAUAAGAAAUACCAAUUCUAAGUUGUUAUUUUGUUAUUAUAUAACAAAAU